AUGCAUGGUGAUAAUGCAUUUAUUGCACAACACAAAGAAAUGAAGGUCAGUCAAUUGAUUGUUAAUGGGGAAUGGAAUAUACCUGCAGAAAGUAUCAGUUUUUUCACUCUAGAAGAUUUACCAACUAUUGGCAACGGGAAGGACAAGCUCAUCUGGACAACUGAUUUAUCUGGUGAAUUUUCAGUAAAAAGUGCAGUGCAACUCAUCAGGACAAAAUACCCUGGUGUUACUUGGGAAAAACAAGUAUGGAACUCCACUAUUCAUCCUAAAAUAUCAACUAAUUUGUGGAAAAUUCUUAGAGGGGCAUGUGCAACUGAGGAGAAUUAUAGAAAGAAAGGAUUUCAAACAGUUUCCAAAUACUAUCUAUAUGGAAAUAGACAAGAUACAAUGGAUCACAUACUGUGGUAUUGUGAUUUUAGUGAAAAAAUCUGGCACUGGCUUGGUGGAAUGUUUAAAUUCGUGAAUCCUCUUAACUUCAUGGAUGUAUUGAAAUGUGUUCAAAAGAAAAGCUCAGCUGUGAGAGAUGUUUGGUAUAUAAGUACUUUCACUGUAAUGGUAGAACUAUGGUUUACUAGAAAUAAAAUCUGUUAUGAUGAAGAACAACCAUGUUUGGAGACAUUCAAACAGAAGAUAAUGCAAUUUACAAAAGAAAGCAGUGUAAGAAUGAAGGGUAAAGUGAGGGGUUCUAUUUAUGAUAUGAGCAUCAUGUCAACAUUUGGCAUCAAAGGAGUAAAGGUUACUACAUGUGAAGUGAAAGAAUGCAUAUUUAGAUUCCUUGCAAAUAAUCAAAUAGUUUUAUAA